AUGUCUACCGAUUUCCCUCAUUCGGAUCCCCAAAACAUUGCCCCCGAAAACCUAGAGUCUGAUUCAAAUGCAUCGUUCCUUGCACCACACUCCUAUGUCACCCUUAAACCCGAGUCCCGUCUAGUCCCCUCCCGACGACGCGACAUGGACGACCAUGAAAGUGACGACUUUGGGCAAGGUCCCUCCAAUAACGCCCUUGGGCAGUUCUCGUUCGCUCCCACCACUCGGACCACAGUCGUCACCACUACAACCACUACCACCACAUCAUUUCCACCUUUGGCGAUCAAACCUCCACGAGCAGUGAGAGAUUUGGACGCUCGACAAUAUCCCCUGGCCGCAACACCGACUCCAGCUGCCUUGAAGAAUAUCACAUUCAAAAUUGGAGACAAGUCGAUCGUUUUCAAUGAACCAGAAGACGCAGCAGCGGUAGCCACUGAGGUUGGUGUCUCCACAACCGCUGGGCCGUCAUUCGGAAAUACUAACUUUUUUCAGUUGAAGGAAAAAAACGACGCCUUGAAAUCUUCCAACGGACAAAUCCGUUCUGUAACAUCCUUCACAUCAGAAGAUGACGCUGCCUCUCGCCGACUGGGUCCGCCUCGAUCCAUGACACGUAUAAACCACCCUCACGCCCAGAAUCGUCCCGUUUCCCCCGUUUCCAUCUCCGAUCCUCGCCCAUUCAUCCUUCCACGAACUCGUGGAAAGCGAGUUCCUUCUGAACCCGUGACACGACGUAACCGUCAUGGUUCCUCGAAUUUCCAUCUUUCUCCCGCUGGUUUAGCCACCCCAGAGACCGAACUUAACAUUGGCAGUAUUGGGGAUGCGACAGCAGCUUCAAGACAGAGGAUCCAGAGUGCAAAUUUCCCACGCCGAGAAACUUUAUUACGCUCACCCCUGUCGGCUGAAACUGGAGCUCUAGCUACGUCGCAAAGCUCCAGUUCGCUCGAAAAUCGAGAGCUGGGUCCGGUCGAUGAAACCAACGCGCCUGCAUCCGAACCGACACCUCGGAGCCAGAAUGUCUCGUUUUCUACGGAAUCUACAUCACAGCAACGCCCGGACUUGUCAGCUCAGCUCUCGGCCAUCGACAACGCAAUGGCUCAAGAUAUGUGCUUGCCAAGCCCCAGUCUAUCCCCAGUCACCGCUAUGAACGCCCUGCACGCUGAAUCUUCGUUUGAAUCAGAAGGCCCUGAUGUCGACACGGAUUCAAGCCUAGACCAUAAUGUUUCAAGGCACCCCAAGACACUGCGGCUCCAUGAUGCUGAUUCCAGAGGAAUUUCUCGAUCUCCAUCAUCUUUGAUGGACAUGCCCAAGGUUUUGGAUUUUUUCGACUCUGUUCCUGAAGAGUUGAAAUCUUAUCUCAUGUACCAGUUUUUGCGGCGUUGCCCUAAACCAACCUUGCAUUUUGUGGCCGAUGUGGUCAAUCCAACAUUAAAGUGUGACUUUUUGGAGUUGCUUCCCUUGGAGCUCAGCCUCAACAUUGUGAAGUAUUUUGAUGUCCAGACCAUGUGUCGUGCUGCUCAAGUUUCAAAGAAGUGGCGUCACAUUGUCAAUUCUGACGAGAAGACCUGGAAGGAGCUGCUUGACCAGGGCGGUUACGUUCUUUCUGAGGGAGAACUAGAUCGAGCCAUCAGAGAGGGCUGGGGAUGGCAGUGCAGUAGCCCUGACAAUUGGGAGAGGGAUCUCAGCACGACAUUGUCGGUCAACGAACUUUCUCCUAUCGCCUCAUCUUCUGCUGCUUCUGACAGGGCCCCACUUACCGCUCUCCCGCUCAACAGCAACAGACGUCCGAAGAGGAAAGCAAACACGCGUGCUUCAAGUCGGAAGCUCGCAAAACGUAAGAUCUCAUCCAGUGGGACAGAUUACUUCGAGCCGGACUGGAAAAAAGAUGUUGCGGCUUCGGAAGCUCCAUAUGCUGCGGCCAACACCGCUGCCGCCGCCGUGCCCUACCCAGAAGUCGGCCUCCCUUCCCUGCGUGGACUUUACCUUUACAAGGCCCUUUACCGUAGACUUCAUGCGAUUCGCCGGGGGUGGAUGAAACCAGAAGUCAAACCGGGGCAUAUCGCAUUCCGUGCUCACGAUCGUCACGUUGUGACCUGUCUGCAAUUUGACUCGGAUAAAAUUCUUACCGGCAGUGACGACACUAAUAUAAACGUAUAUGACACGAAGACUGGCGCACUGAAGGCCACAUUGGAGGGCCACGAUGGUGGCGUAUGGGCUCUUGAGUACCACGGCAACACACUGGUCUCUGGGUCCACUGAUCGCUCAGUUCGCGUCUGGGAUAUCGAGCGAGCCCGGUGCACUCAAGUUUUCCAUGGUCACACCUCCACUGUUCGUUGCCUGCAGAUCGUCUUGCCGACGGAGAUUGGCCGGGACGCUAACGGUCGUGCCAUGAUGAUGCCAAAGGUGCCCUUGAUAAUCACUGGGUCUCGUGAUUCGAACUUGCGUGUUUGGAAGCUUCCAAAGCCCGGUGACCCGGUGUACCUUCCUAAUGCUCCCGUUGCAGAUGACUAUGACUGUCCCUACUUUGUUCGUGUGCUUUCUGGCCAUAGUCACUCAGUUCGGGCGAUUGCGGCUCAUGGAGAUACCCUGGUCAGCGGCAGCUAUGACUGCACUGUGCGCGUCUGGAAGAUUUCCACAGGGCAUGUUACGUACACCUUGACAGGCCACACAAUGAAAGUAUACAGUGUGGUAAUGGAUCCCAAACGCAAUCGCUGCAUCAGUGGUGCCAUGGAUCACCUGGUCAAGAUUUGGUCACUCGAUGAUGGAAGUCUACUCUACAAUCUCGACGGCCACUCUUCCCUUGUUGGCCUUUUGGCUCUGCAAGGCGAUCACCUUGUCUCUGCUGCCGCCGAUUCCACGCUGCGAAUCUGGGACCCGCAGCGUGGCCACUGCAGGAACACACUCAGCGCUCACACUGGUGCUAUCACUUGCUUCCAGCAUGAUGGACAAAAGGUCAUUUCUGGUUCAGAUCGAACUUUGAAGAUGUGGGAUGUUAGCAAUGGCAAUUGCAUUCGCGAUCUUCUCACUGAUCUCAGUGGUGUCUGGCAGGUGCGGUUUAAUGAUCGUCGAUGUGUUGCUGCAGUACAGAGAGAUAGUUUGACCUACAUUGAGGUUCUUGAUUUUGGUGCCGCACGUGACGGUGUUCCCGAGAGUAGACUUGGGCAGCGUAUCGCGGUGAAUCGUCGUGGCCACGAGGUCACUACAGGUAGCAUCGAAUCCGACUCUGAUUCAGACUAA